CUUUUUUUUUUUCUUCCUCUUUCAGGUCCCCGUUUCUCCCCCUCCAUAAACACCAAAACCCGCAUCAUCACCACUUAAAACAAAACUCAGGCUCAUCAUGUCCAGCUUUGGACAAUUCUUCCGGGUGACGACCGCUGGCGAGUCUCAUGGCAAAUCUGUCUCGUGCAUCAUCGACAACUGCCCUCCCAACCUUGGCCUCACAGAGGCUGAUAUCCAGCCCCAGCUCAACCGUCGUCGACCUGGCCAAUCCGCCAUCACCACGCCCCGUAACGAAAAAGACAGAGUCACCAUCCACUCCGGCACUGAGGAUGGCGUCACCCUCGGCACACCCAUCCUCCUAACUGUUCCCAACGAGGAUCAGCGACCAAAGGACUACGGCAACAAGACCAUCGACCUCUACCCCCGUCCCAGCCAUGCCGACUGGACCUACCUCGAAAAGUACGGCACCAAGGCCUCAUCUGGCGGUGGCCGCAGCUCCGCCCGUGAGACAAUUGCUCGCGUGGCCGCCGGUGCUGUCGCUGAGAAGUGGCUCAAGGAGGCCUAUGGCAUCGAGAUCGUUGCCUUUGUCACCUCUGUCGGAAACAUCAAGCUCUUUGGCGACAGUGACUCCAUGAGCGCUGACCCUGCCUUCCUCAGUCUCGCUGAGAGAAUCACCCGUCAAGAGGUCGACGACAACCUCCCCGUGCGAUGCCCCGACGACGCCUACGGUCGAGCCAUGGAGGCACGCAUCGCUGAGCUGCGAGACGCCCACGACAGCACUGGCGGAACCGUCACCUGCGUCAUCCGCAAUGCGCCCUCUGGUCUCGGCGAGCCCUGCUUCGACAAGCUGCAGGCCACCCUCGCCCACGCCAUGAUGUCCAUCCCCGCCGUCAAGGCCUUCGAGCUAGGAUCCGGCUUCCAAGGCGCCGAGAUGACCGGCAGCAAGCACAACGACCCCUUCGUGCCAGCCCCCGCCCUCGACGCCGCCUCUGAGAAGACAGGCAUCCCCCGCUCCAAGCUCCAGACCAAGACGAACCACUCUGGCGGUAUUCAGGGCGGUAUCAGCAACGGCAUGCCCAUCUUCUUCAAGGUCGGCUUCAAGCCCCCUGCCACCAUCAGCCAGGACCAGACCACAGCGCGCUACGACGGUCAAGGCGAGGGUAUUCUCUCCGCCAAGGGCCGACACGAUCCCUGUGUUGUGCCUCGUGCGGUGCCCAUUGUUGAGGGCAUGGCUGCGCUGGUGAUUGCCGAUGCCAUCAUGGCUCAGCACGCAAGACAGAUGGCUACCGACAUUAUCAAGCGAUAGGAUGUUUUGGAUAUGAAUGGGAAAAUAAGGGAAAGCAAGGACCAGAUACCAAAAUAGAAAGAGUGAGACAUGAAACACGUUUUUGCAUGGCGAUGGGUGAUCUAGUUUCCGAAUUAAAUGUCAAAUAGCAAAUGAAUAACACGAGAUGAAAAC